GGCCGGCGGCAGGAGGCCGAGCUCGCCGCUAUAAAGGCGGAGGCGGUGGGGAUUGCGGUGUUCGCCGUGUUCGCUUCGGGGCGCCUUAUUGUUGUCUGCUGUAGCCCUCCCUGGCCGCUAACAUGGCGCUUUCCGGCGACCCCCAGUUUAAGAAGCUGGUGGAGUGGCACAAGGCGAACUCGUCCAAGCUCGUCCUGCGGCAGCUGUUCGAGGCCGACAAGGAUCGGUUCCAGAAGUUCAGCCUGACUGUGAAUACUGAUCAUGGGGAUAUCUUACUGGAUUAUUCAAAGAACCUUGUUACAGAAGAAGUGAUGAAAAUGCUGAUGGAACUGGCUAAGUCAAGGGGUGUGGAAAGUGCCAGAGAGCAUAUGUUCAGUGGAGAGAAGAUCAACUUCACAGAGAACCGAGCUGUGCUUCAUAUUGCUCUGAGAAAUCGUUCCAAUGUGCCAAUACUUGUAGAUGGGAAGGAUGUUGUUCCAGUAGUAAACAAAGUGUUGGACAAAAUGAAGCACUUCUGCCAGCGAGUCCGUAGUGGUGAAUGGAAAGGCUACACUGGAAAGGCAAUCACUGAUGUCGUCAAUAUUGGGAUUGGUGGCUCUGACUUGGGCCCUCUGAUGGUAACUGAAGCUCUGAAACCAUAUUCCAAGGGAGGUCCUCGUGUUUGGUUUGUAUCCAACAUUGAUGGUACUCAUAUAGCCAAAACCCUGGCUGAGCUUAAGCCAGACACUACGCUCUUCAUCAUUGCAUCAAAGACUUUCACCACCCAAGAAACUAUCACCAAUGCAGAAACGGCCAAAGAGUGGUUCUUACAUGCUGCUAAUGAUCCUUCAGCUGUGGCCAAGCAUUUUGUUGCCUUGUCUACCAAUGCUCCUAAAGUUAAAGGCUUUGGAAUUGACCCAGAGAACAUGUUUGAGUUUUGGGAUUGGGUUGGUGGCCGCUAUUCUCUGUGGUCUGCCAUUGGUCUCUCCAUUGCCCUGCAUAUUGGGUUUGACAACUUUGAGAGCCUGCUUUCAGGAGCCCACUGGAUGGAUAAUCACUUCCACACGGCUCCGCUGGAGAAAAACAUGCCUGUUCUGUUGGCCAUGCUGGGGAUCUGGUAUAUAAACUGCUAUGGAUGUGAAACCCAUGCCCUUCUGCCCUAUGACCAAUACAUGCACCGCUUUGCUGCCUACUUCCAGCAGGGUGAUAUGGAAUCUAAUGGCAAAUACAUUACCAAGAAAGGCUCUCGAGUGGAUUACAAUACUGGCCCUAUUGUGUGGGGAGAGCCUGGCACCAAUGGGCAGCAUGCUUUUUACCAGCUCAUUCAUCAAGGAACUCGCAUGAUUCCUUGCGACUUCCUGAUCCCAGUCCAGACCCAGCAUCCAAUCAGAAAUGGCUUGCAUCACAAGAUCCUUUUGGCCAACUUCCUUGCUCAGACUGAGGCCUUGAUGAAAGGAAAGACUGCUGAUGAAGCUCGUAAGGAACUUCAAGCAGCAGGACUGAGUGGAGAUGCUCUGGAGAAGCUCCUUCCCCAUAAGGUCUUUGAGGGAAAUCGACCAACCAAUUCAGUCAUGUUUACAAAACUCAACCCAUUCACUCUGGGAGCCAUCAUUGCCAUGUAUGAGCACAAGAUAUUUGUUCAAGGAAUUAUCUGGGAUAUUAACAGUUACGACCAGUGGGGAGUUGAGCUUGGAAAACAACUUGCCAAGAAAAUUGAACCUGAACUGGAGUCAGAUGCUCCUGUGACAUCUCAUGAUAGCUCAACAAAUGGGCUCAUCAAUUUCAUCAAAAAACACAGAGCCUGAAAUGAAAGAUUUGGAGGGGAUCGACAAUCUAGCCACCAAACACCCAGAUCUGUUGUAGUUGUGCUUUUUUAGCCACUUUUAACAAAAAUCGCACUUUACAGAUGUAGUGUUACUUGUUGCAGUUAAUCUUGUUGCGUCAAGUAUUACAAAUGAAAACUAGUUUUGUGAAACCUAGAGAUGGUAUAGUUGCUUACUAUUAUUGUGGCUGUUAAUCUGUAAAGUGCAGCUGAUAAUGUUCCCCAGUUCUUAUCCCUCACUUCCUUAAAGAUGAUCACAUACUGAUAAUGGAAAAUAAAAGGUAUGAUGGAUGAGUAAA